UGGAGGGUGAGGCAGUGUAGUUCUCCUGUACCGCUACACAGCUAUUUGUUUUCGUUUAGUCGUGGUUGUUUUCUACGUGCCUCGGCGUUUCCAACCCAACGGGAACAACCUGAGUGUUUUGUUUACUUGUCAGAAUAUCAAAACUUCAACCAGAAAAAUCUCAAUGAUGAACAGUCACGUGAUUUUGAAUCUGUUUGUGUUGGUGUGCUGUCUCCACUGCGCCGUGGCGGACAUGUUAGAGGCGUUAUCAAAAGUGUCAAGCAUCUGCCGCGCUACCCCCGUAGCAUGCUCUAAGAUAUUUGGAAGAGGUGUUGGUGUGCCGAGUGGGGAGGCCCAGUGGUGCUCUCAAUUGAGGAUGGUGGCAUACGGCGUCACCGGUUUCCAGUGUGGGGUGUCCAUUGGGUUUUGUACAGACCAGGAGUACCUUGACCUCGAGAAGGCGGCUUGUAGGAAGAUAUCUUUAGUUCCAAGACAAGCCAGUAAUAUAAAAAAAACAUUUUAUAAUAAAGUCGCAACCAUCAACCCCAGUUGCCAGGAUAAAAUAAUGCACUGUAUCGCUAAGAAUGUUGUGAGCACUGUUUUCAAACAACAGGAACAAUACUGUAAGCUUGUCAACAGCAGAUAUAUGGUAGAAUGUAUGGGGUUAGACUGUCUCAGAGAUCUGAACCAGACUGCGUGCACCACAUAUCAGUCUCAACCUUUUUCAGACGCCAUCGUGGGAACAACACAGAAAUGCCAAGACACCAUUGAAGAAUGUGCUUCUAAUAUCUACUCAAGAACCUUCAUCCGCAUGGAGAACUACUGCGGUGUUAUGUAUCCCCACAUUAUCAGAUUUGAGGAUUGCUUACAGCAAAAGCAUUGCACGAAGGCUGAAACCAACAAGUUGAGAAUCGCGGCCUGCAGUUCGAGUGGGAAUGGGAGUGGGAGUGGAAAUAUGAAUGGGAGUGGGAAUGGGAGUGGGAGUGAAAAUAUGAAUGGGAGUGGGAAUGGGAGUGGGAGUGAAAAUAUGAAUGGGAGUGGGAAUGGCAGUGGGAAUAUAAAUGGGAGUGGGAAUGGCAGUGGGAAUAUGAAUGGGAGUGGGAAUGGCAGUGGGAAUAUGAAUGGGAGUGGGAAUGGGAGUGGGAGUGGUUCUCUUUUGUCAACGGCGAUGUCUAAAGUGUCCAACAUGUGCAAAUCUACUACUAAAGUGUGCGUAUCUCUAUCCGGAAAGAAUAUUCCUGAGUCUGGCUCUGAAGCCGAGUGGUGCACCUUGAUGAGGAUGACGAAAGAUGGCGUCACCGGUUACCAGUGUGGGGUGUCCAUUGGGUUUUGUACAGACCAGGAGUUCAUUGACCUCGAGAAGGCCGCAUGUGGAGGGACAACAAAAUCUCCGAGACAAUCAAGCAAUGCUCAAAGAACAUUUUAUAAUAAAGUCUCGUCCAUCCGCAAAAGUUGCCAGGAUAGAUUGAUAGCCUGCGUUGCUAACAACGUCGUGAGCACUGUUUUCAAACAACAGGAACAAUACUGUAAGCUUGUCAACAGCAGAUAUAUGAUAGAAUGUAUGGGGAUAGACUGUUUUAGAGAUCUGAACCGAACAGGCUGCUCCGCGUAUGAAUCGCAACCUUUUUCAGACGCCAUCGUAGGCACAGCACAUACUUGUCAAAACGCUCUACAAGAAUGUGUUUUUCGUACAUUCGCCCUAGCUCUGAUCCGUGCUGGGAAGUAUUGCGAUGCUGUGGAUUACUCUCAAGAUGGUAUCAAUAUUGCGGAAUGCUUAAAAGAAAACCAAUGCAUGGAGGCCGAGGUCAGGAAGUUGAGAACCGCGGCCUGCAGAAGUAGUGGCAGUGGCAGUGGUCGCGUUAGUGGUUCUUACAUCGUUGGUUCUUUUCUUGUCUUAAUAUGUGCUGUGUUGCUUCGUGUGUAGAAAUUCAAAGUAAUUUCUUGUUCUUACAAGCUUUUAUUACAAGCUUUUAUUUAACUCACUUUCUCUGUCGUCAGUCUGUCGUCAGUCUGUCUGUCUAGAUCGAAACGGCUGAGCAAAAUUACAGGCACUUCUACCUGACAGAUACGGUUCGUAGUUGGAACGUGGGUCAAGACAUGAAGACAAUGCAUUGGGACAUUAAAUUUGACUUAAUUGGAUAAAACACUAUUGUAAAUAAAAACAUGUAGAGUACUAAAAAAAUGUCAUAAAAUACGUUUUAAUAACAAGCUUUUAUGUACUAAUGCACUAAAAAGUAGAAAAUUAAUUAUACACAACUAUUUAAAUAACUAUAAAUAAAAGCGUGGGUCAAUUUAGUAUCUAUUGGAUACCUUUACUAAUAUUUAGUAUUUAUUUUACUUUUUAGUGCAUUAUUACAUAAAAGCUUGUUAUUAAAAGGUUUUUAUGAAUUUUUUUAUAUGUAUUACACAGCUGCAUGAGACACCUCCCUUCACUCUUUAAUUGUGUUCAUAUAUAGGCACGAUUUAUAUAUAGAUAAAGCAAUGUUUGUGUGUGUAUCUGUCUAUCUGUCUUUUAUGCAGUACUACAUCUUUCAUACGAUCGCCAUGAAACUCGGAAAAGUUGUUGAGAAUACUCCUGGGGAGGUUUCUGCCAAAACAAAUUUUUAAAUACGCAGGAGUGGCGCCCCGGCAGGGCGCAAUUUUUUUUUUCUAUAUACCUAUACACUGUAAAUAAAAAUAAAAGUCGAUUGCGGUUUCACACUGUAUAUCCGAUCACCACCAAACUUUGGGGAGUUGAUUAGACCAUUCCAGGUUAGGUUUUGUAUUAAUAAAUCAUGUUUAAUUUCGCAAGGGCGUCGCCCCAAGAGGAUGCAUUUAUUCUCUAUAGACGAUAUAUUAAAAAAAGAAAGUCGGAUGGGUUUCGACACGGUUUAUCCGUAUAUAUACAUAUAUAUAUAUAUAUAUAUAUAUAUAUAUAUAUAUAUAUAUAUAUAUAUAUAUAUAUAUAUAUAUAUAUAUAUAUAUAUACGAGCCGACCCGCGGCGUAGCAUACGCCUCUAUUUAGUUGUUUUAUUUUCUACUUUUCAGUAUUUCAUUAUUAUAUAUGUGUAUAGUAUAUAAUUACAUAUGUAUAUGUAUAUCUUUAUCCAAUAUCCCUAUGUUAUUUUUUUUAAAUUAUUAUAACGAAACACUUAAUAUUUUUUACAAUGUCUUGCUA